AGCUCCAAAUUCAAAUUUCGAAUCUUUGAUGUGAGGUUUAGGGUUUCGGAAACUUUCUAUGUAAAAGAGCUGCACUCAAUCUCAGCUCUUCAGACUUAAAAAGAAAAAAGAAGAAGAAAUUAAAGACAACCCAAAGGAGUUUUGUUGUGUGGUGGAAGGUUCUUGAAAUGAGCAGUACAGUGCAUAUAACUCCCAAGUCUGGAAGUAAGCGGCAAUCAUUGUUUUUCCAGGAUUUAGCAUCACCAAUAUCUGCACGUAGGGGGAAAUUUUCAAGUCCAGAUCAGGCUGCAGCAGUUUCUGCACUAUGGCGUGAUAAUUUGAGGGGUUCAGAUUUUCCACCCCCUCCAAUUUACACCAUGGAUGACCGCUCAGAUUUCUCUCCAGGGUCGGGGAUUCAUGACUACCCAGCAUCUCCAGAAAUAAAAUCGGACUUGAGAACUCGUGCUCAAAGUUCUGACCGGGACUUUACUUCAUCUCCAGCUAAGGGGAAAUCAGAGACUAGCACUUCUUUUGCUGGUGGAGGUGGGGCACAGAAUCAGCAGGGUUCACCAGGGUUGGGUUGGUGGUUGCCAACAAAGUCUGGUAGUAGUGAACUAGAGGGGAAGGCCAGGGGUUCUCCAGUUGAGGGUGUGGUACAGCCUGGUGCUUUGAUCACACUUCCUCCACCAAGGGAAGUUGUUAGGCCAGAGAUGCAGAGGAAUAGCUUGCCUGCUGGGAACCUUAAUGAGGAAGAAUGGGUUACUGUUUAUGGAUUUUCCCCAGCAGAUACCAAUUUGGUUUUUCGGGAGUUUGAAAAGAGUGGUGUGAUCUUGAAACAUGUUCAGUCUGUAAAUGAUUGUUCCAUCAUUUGGCUGGUGCAGAAGCGUUCUGAUGUGCGGAAGGCUCUCAACAAGAACGGGAUACAAAUCAAUGGAGUGUUAAUUGUUGGUGUCAAACCACUGGAUCCCAUGCAACGCCAGGCUUUAAAUGAAAGGGUUAACACUAAGGGGGCGUUUGGGUUUAUGACAUUGCCACCUCCACCUAGCAGAACCUCAGAGCUGAACGCAUCAACAGCCUCUCCUCAGGCCUAUUAUCUCCAAAAUGGAAGUGCAAAUGCUCGACAGUCAGUAGGUGCCAUUGCUUCCCCAUCAAAGUCAGUGGUAUCUAAAAUCAUGGAUGUGAUGUUUGGCCUAUAAGUUUGCUAUUGCAAUUAGUAGUCACUCCAGAGAUUCAUCAUAUCUUAUCUUAGUCAAAUUGU